GAGAGAGAGAGAGAGAGAGAGAGAGAGAGAGAGAGAGCAUAUGAGUAUGAGAGUAAGCGAGCGCGAGAGAAACAAAAGUCAGCCACGCUAAAGCUACUACGACCACUACCCUAGAUAGAUUACGCUACUUUGCCGCUGAUCUAAUUGUUUACUGUCACGUGUUGCUGUAAACCUAACUAUACGAUAUUAUAUAUAUUUUAUUUAUAUAACCUAAUCGAGACUGUAUUUAUUGUAAAUAGUCACGAUGUUUGCUAUGAUAUAAUAUAUCUGUAAUUGGAUGGAACCUGCCUGGAACUGCGCCCAACCCUGUUCCCCCCCGCAAUUAUAUAUCCAUACAUACCCGCACAUACAUACAACAUGCGCACACACUUACACACAAACAAACACACACACACACACACACACGAUACCGCUAAGAAACACUCGCGCAGACGCGCACCCAUUAAAUACAUACACACGUACACGCGAAUAUAAAACACGCGCAUACCGUAUCUAAUAUCUAUGCGGUGUCGAUUGCCGCGCAACCGUUUAGCGAUAACUUAGAGAUGACGAUAAACGGAGAGAAAAAGACAGAGAUGUAUUCGCUCGCGCGCUGAAUUAUCAUUAUGUCAAUAUUUCGUAUCGCAUUGUCGGGCGGUCGAUUCUGUGUAAAACGCUCGCGAAGCGUCGCGCUGUAUUUUACUAUAGAGAGGAAAGGAAACUCGAAGAGAAAGAGAGAGAGAGAGAGAGAGAGAGAGAGAGAGAGAAAAAGAAAAAGAGAAAAGGAAGGACUUAUACCCGUCAUUCGAUCAAACCUAGUUCGGACGCUUCCGAGGACGAAAGUGUUACGAUGGCCACGAGUGAUUUUUAUAAAUGUAUUUUUUCGCCCCUGCAUGGUGUGUGUGCGCGUGUGUAUCGUGUGUGUAUGUGUAUGCGUGUGCUUCGUAUGUGUGUGUAUGUGUGUAUACGUGCAUCGCGCGCGCGCGUGUGUGUGCUGAGAGAACACACCCCGAUUCGAUGAUCAUUGUAGAAGCGCCGGAAUGAGAGAGUGAGAGUGACAGAAAGAAAGUAAGGGUAUAAAGCGAGUGAAUGAGUGAAUGAGUGAACGGCUGAAUGAAAAAGAGAGAAAGAGGGAGGGGGAGGGGGUAAGAAAGGAGAGAGAAGUGAGUAAUUUAUGGAUUUUCCACUUGAACCACUGCCACGCAGCAGACAGCGUCACGACCCAACCAGCAUGUCCAAUAAACUUACAAUAUUGCUAUCUUAAGUACAAUAUAUUAAGUGUUUUCAGAAAAUAUAUGAUCUAUAUAUGAUAAUAAAAAACACACGGGAAAAUGUUUUCUACCCGUUUUAUCAUUUAUUCUUCUAGCUCAUCGACACUCGCAAUGUCUGCAUCAUCCUGCCUUGAAUAACGCAUGCUUGAAAUGUUUCAAGCCAAUAUCGGCCGAAAAAGUUUAUAACAAUCUCGCCUAAAAAUAGCUCUGAUUAGAAGGGACCUAAAUACUUUGUCUCUCUAUACAGGAUUUAUCGUCCUCUAAACUGCCAUCUACAAAAGAUUAGAAGGCGGAAGACAAAUUUAAAUUGGUCGAUGUUCAAUGUUUCAAUGUUUUACUGUUCAAUGAACUACUGUUUUAAUGAGUUGAAAUAUUCACAAAGACAAAUUUACGAUGGACGCGAUACUAACCUAAAGGACAAAUCAGAUAUUUGCAGAUAUUUGAUACUUUGUUACUUCUAAGAUACUCCAAAGAGGACUCCAGAAUAUAAUACUCUGGAAAAAUCGACCAGAUAAGUUGACCAUUCAGAGUAAGAAAAAGGGACGUGCAAGUAUAAACUCAUGUUUAGAGGAUAAAAAUGGAUCCGUAUUAACUGAUUUAUGAAAAAAAUAAGGCUUAUUAUCAUAAAAUAAGGUUAUUAUCAUAAAUUAGGAUAUUGGCACAUUAUAUACUAAUUGAAACGUUCUCCUUAGAGACAAGGCUGGCGAAAGACAGUGAACGAUCAUUUAUCAGAAAAGGCGAAAAUUCCAGAAAUGACGCGAAAAUUUACCGAAGAUGAGCGAGAUGAAGCUCUAGAAUAAAACCAGAAGGAGAAUUAGGAGACAAUUAGGUAAAUAUAUUAACAUUCGCGCUAAAAUGCAGAAGAUAAACAAAGCUGCUCGUAAGUUUCGCAUCACAGAUGAGGGGACGAUAAAUGUUUACGAAAAUGACACCGUGGCAAGAUAUGAUACAGGGAUAGAUACUGACUCCAUUGUUGUUAGCAAAGAGCCAUUAGAAUCAAGCGAGAUUUUCUUUAUAGAAAUAGAAAAAACAAAUGUUUCGUCUUAUUCUGCUGAAGUCUUUGGAAAAAUGCAAUUUGAUCUUAUUGAUCGUUUUAAUGAAGACGAUGAAUUUGUUAUAACAUAUUUAAACGAUAAUUGUUCGAUAUUUAAGCAACAACCUUGUAUAUUAAAACAGUCACCGAGAGACGUUUACAAUGGUCUAAAAAAGGUAUUGAAGUAUAAUAUGAUACGGACACCUUAUCUUAAUAGUCUUCUUCCAACUGUGUACCAGCACUUCCUUGGUUUCGAAAAUUGGGAACAACUUACGACAUUACUUGGUCAUCGUAUAGGCAUCUUUUACUUAUAUUUCACUGACACGCAGUAUAUUUUCAUGUACUUGAUGUCUAGAAAUGGUGUCAGCUUAAUCUCCUAUCCCCACCCUACGAGCAGACCAAAAUACUUGUUGAUAUCAUUGGGACGUAUAAUAAAGCAAAUUCGGUCGCUACCGUUAUAUACCGUACCAUCUUUACAAGGCUUAUGUCAAGAAGUUAUUUUCAAGUGCAUAAGAGCAAACGGAGCAUUGACCAAAAGAAGUUUAGAGAAUCUGCCAUUACCAAGCGUCAUACUGGAACAACUUUUAAUUCAUGCAGAGUAAAGAACACGCAGAAAAUCAAAGAUUCGACCUGGCAAUCGAGUCUAUAAAUCAAAACGCAAUAAUAUCAAAUGUAUGCUUGAACAAUGCACAUGAUUCUCUCAAUGCCUCAAUGCCAGUCGUUAUCAUUCAUUUAAACUUGAACUUGGACAACGAUCAACUAUAGGAUGUUUCAUGUAAAAGACACGCAGUGUAAGGAAUUCAAUAUAUGAUAGACAAAAUUAAUA